AUGCUUGCACCCCUGCUCCUAGUAGCUGCUGCUCAAGCUGCCGCAGCCGUGGCCUGGCCGAUCGCCCGCGCCCCGCGCGUGGCCACGCCCCCUGCUCCCCUCGCCCCGCUCUACCGUGGCCUUGCUCCGCCGCGUGCCGCAUUGGUUCCGCCUCGCUGCUGCUCCCCUCACAGUGCGCGCGCGCUCGACGCCGCCCUGCCUACCCCUGCUGCUGCUCAUGCGUUGCGCUGCUGUUGCGGCUGCAGCGGCGGCUGCUACUGCCGCACAGCCGUGCCCUCCUGCGUCGCCGGCCGUCGCCCGUCUCGCUCUGCUCCCUCUGCCGCCCGCCGCCCCCGCCGCGGCGCGCUCUGCCUCGCCGGCGCCGUGCCGCUGGCCGCGCCCGGGCUCGCCCCAUCGGGCGCCUGCAACCGCGCCCGAGACCCGUGCCCGUUCGCCCGCUAG